UACGAGUUAAGCAGGCUAAUGUCAAAAUUUUGAUUCAGAUCAAAACAGCACGCUUCCAAAUUAUUUAAUUGGCAUUUCAUAACAGAAAAGAAGCAAGACAAUUUUUCCAAUAUGUUAAAGUUGGUGGCGCAGCAGCUGCGUCAACAAAUGCGGCAAGUGUCUCGUGUAAGUACCAUCAAUUACACCAAAGCCACCAGUGGUACUGAUUUGUCGCGACAACAACAACAAUCCACACAGUCGCCCACAAUUGAAGUAAAUAAAGCGCUCGAAGGUUGGCCCGAAAAACUACGUAAGGCUGGCGUUGGAGAUAUUGAUUUUAAUUUAAAAUGUUUGGUAGCGCAUGUGCUUGGAAGGAAAUUCAAUACUGUUAAAGGUUAUAAUGACCUAGUUUUCACUGAAAAUCAAUUGGAAGAAUUUGAACGUUUUUGUGAAGCACGUUGUGCUCGUAUGCCGCUACAGUAUAUAAUAGGCGAAUGGGAUUUUAUGGAUUUGACAUUAAAAACCUCGCCUUCCGUAUUCAUUCCACGACCGGAAACGGAGGAGUUCGUUUCCAAAGUGAUUGAAGUGUAUCGUGAUGUUAAAGGACCCAUCAACAUGUUGGAAGUUGGUUGCGGUUCCGGUGCUAUGUCAUUAGCGAUUCUACAUGCUUUACCCAAUGUACGCAGUACAGCAAUAGAACGCGGCAAAGCUGCAACAGAGCUGUCUAGAGAAAAUGCUAAGUUGCUUGGUUUAGACGAUCGUUUUACUGUCUAUCAUCACACUAUGGAAGUAGAUAAUUAUCUACCGCCUGAGUUGGGUAACGAAGUUUACGAUUUAAUAAUUGGUAAUCCGCCAUACGUAAAGUCGGAAGAGUUCCCCUUAUUGCAGCCGGAAGUCGUUUGUUAUGAAAAUUUGAACGCGCUCGAUGGUGGUCCAGAUGGUUUACGUGUAGCACGCUUGGUUUUCAAUUUAGCUUGUGAACAUUUGCGUCCCGGCGGCAAGAUGUGGCUCGAGUUGGGGGAAGAUCAUCCACCUUUGGUACAAACCAUUAUGGACACGCAGUAUGAGGGGCGACUACGUUUUAUUGCUGGCUAUAAAGAUCAGUAUAAACGCAAUCGUUUUGUCGAAAUCGAGAAAGAGCCAGCCAAAACUGCUUAAUAAGCAUUACAUAGACGCAUGUGUAUUAUUGACACAUAAGCUUUAGAAGCUAAUAAUUUAGACAUUGAAAUGUGUUAGAAACAAUUUCUGCAAAUUAUCGCUUUAGAUGGCUGUAACCAGUGAUAGAAUUAAUUAGCAGGCAUAUAAUGCACUUAGCAUUUUAUUGAAUGCAUUUGAAAUUAAUUGCGAAAAUAAAUACAUAUUUAUUUAUUAAAUGA